AGAUUGAUUGCUUGUUUGUCUAGCAACUUGCUACCCCAACAGCUUGAAUUAAUGAAUUUCAAUAUAAGGAAGAAAGAGCUUGACGAAUAGUCAACUUGUUCUGAUCUUUUUGUUACAAAUUAUAAAUAAGGUAUUUUCAAUGCUCCAUUUUAAUAUAAGGUAUUAUAGCACUAGUGCACUGCUAUUAAUUAUUUGUAGCAGCACUCAAAUGUCUAUAUUUUACUCUAUUAGCAUCAUCUAUGCUAUUAGUAUCCUCUUCUUUUGUACUACUUCUUUUGCAUUUGAGACUAGUCUAAGUUCAUCUCAUUCACUUAAAGAUGGAACGACUUUGGUUUCAGAAGAUGAAACAUUCAGGUUGGGCUUUUUCAGUCUUGGCAGCUCAAAGAAUCGUUACCUGGGAAUUUGGUACAAUAAAAUCCCAAUACAAACUGUUGUUUGGGUUGCUAAUAGAUGCAAUCCUAUUAAUGAAUCAUCUGGCUUGUUGAGGAUCAAUAGCAUUUUUGGCAGUCUUGAACUUCUGUAUGGCAAUAACAGUGUUGUUUGGUCAACUAACUCAACUAAACAAGCUCGAAAGCCAAUUAUGCAACUCUUGGAUUCUGGAAAUCUUGUCCUAAAAGAUGGAGAAAUCAACUUGUGGGAAAGCUUUGAUCAUCCUUGUGACACAUUUUUGCCUGGGAUGAAGAUAGGAUGGAACUUGAAGACAGGUCAUCAGUGGAGUUUAACUGCAUGGAAGAAUGUCAAUGAUCCUUGUCCUGGAGACUUAAAUUACGGGUUUGACAUAAAAAAUAACGCAUGCCCAGAAAUCUAUAUUCUAAAGGGUACUCAAAAAUAUUAUCGUUCGGGGUCAUGGAAUGGCCUUCGUUUCAGUGGUGUACCAGAAAUUCAGGACAAUCCAGUGUAUGAUUUUAUUUAUGUCUACAACAAUAGUGAAGUGUCCUUCUCGUAUACUAUGAAGACUAUGCAAUUGUCGUCAAUGAUAGUACUAAAACAAACAACUGCUAGUCGUCAACGGUUGGCUUGGGUAAAUAACAAGUGGAAUGUUUAUUCAACUUCCCCGGAAAACGAUUGUGAUAAAUAUAAUCAUUGUGGAGCCAAUGGAAACUGUUCUAUGGUUAAUAACAAGCCAAUAUGCCAAUGCCUAGAUGGAUUCAAGCCCAAAUCUCAAGAAGCAAUGAAUUGGUCUGAAGGUUGUGUAAGAAAUGACAACCUCAACUGCUCGAAUGCCAAUAAUCAUAGAUUUGAAAAAUUUGGCAGCUUGAAACUGCCGGAAACCAUAAAUUCUUGGGUGAACACAAGUAUGAGCCUCAUUGAUUGCAGGGAAAAAUGCUUGAGAAACUGUUCUUGCAUGGCUUAUUCAAAUUCAGAUAUUAGAAGUCAAGGAAGUGGCUGCAUAUUGUGGUUUGGUAGUAACCUGUUCGAUAUUAGAUAUCUUUCUUCAAAUGGAGAGGAUCUAUACAUUCGAUAUCCGGCUGCAGAGAUAAUACAUAAACGUCGGAAUGGCCUAAUAGAAAAAAUAGUUGCAAUUGUGGCUUCUGUUGGAGUUGUAUUCGGGAUGAUCGUUGCUUACUGCAUUUACAGGAGAAAUUUCUUAAGAGGUACUGGAAAAACAUAUCUCAACAAGGAGAGAACAGAAGAAGCGGAGCUUCCACUUUUUGACCUUGCUAUUAUAUCUCACGCAACUAAUGAUUUCUCAAAUGCAAACAAGCUUGGACAAGGGGGUUUCGGAGCAGUUUUCAAGGGAACUUUAGCAGAUGGUCAAGAAAUUGCAGUAAAAAGGCUUUCAAAAUGUUCUAGUCAAGGGGUGAAUGAGUUUAAGAAUGAAGUUAUAUUAAUUGCAAAACUCCAACACAGAAAUCUUGUGAAGCUUCUUGGUUGUUGCAUUCAAGGAGAAGAAAAAUUGUUAAUAUAUGAAUACAUGCCAAACAAAAGCUUGGACUUCUUCAUAUUUGAUGAAAUAAGAAGAGAAUUAUUGGAGUGGCACAAGCGCUUUGAAAUUAUAUGUGGAAUUGCUAGGGGAAUUCUCUAUCUUCACCAAGAUUCUAGAUUGAGAAUAAUCCAUAGAGACUUGAAGUUGAGCAAUGUGUUGCUUGAUAGUGAUUUGGUACCCAAAAUUUCAGACUUUGGCAUGGCUAAAACAUUUGGAGGAAAUCAAACUGAAGGGAAUACAAACAGAGUGAUGGGAACAUAUGGUUACAUGGCACCAGAAUAUGCUAGUGAUGGGCUUUUUUCUAUAAAAUCGGAUGUCUUUAGUUUUGGGAUAAUGGUGUUAGAAAUUAUAAGUGGAACAAAAAAUAGGGGAUUCUUCCAUAAGGACAAUACCCUUAAUCUUUCAGGACAUGCGUGGACAUUAUGGGAGGAGGGAAAUCCUUUAGAACUAGUAGAUAAAUCUGUGGCGGAGACAUGUACUCAAUCUGAAGUGCUACGGUGCAUGCAUAUUGCUCUUUUAUGUGUCCAACAACGACCUGAGGAUAGGCCAACCAUGUCAACUGUGGCAGUAAUGUUGGGAAGUCAUAAUGCAUUGCCUAUACCUAAACACCCUGGCUUUUUCAUGGAAAUAUCUAAGACUAAUCAUGAAGAUUCUUCUUCAAAGCAUAACAAAGAAUCCACUUCAACAAAUGAGGUUACAAUUACUCUAUUGGAAGCUCGAUAAGAGUAUAUGCCAAUAUAUGAGCAUGUUUAGCUAGCACUAACACUAGUUUUUAUUAUUAUCACAAACAAACUCUAUGUAAUCACUUUGCUGGGAACUUUUCCUAUUAUGAAGAUGGACUUGAAUGUAAGUCAAUUGUAUUUUCUAGAAGUGAACACGUUAUAUUGUUUUCUUACAUUUUUUAUUAUAAUUAUUUUUAUUUUCGCUAAA